AUGGAUUCGAAAGGUUAUGAUGUUUCAAUAUCGGAUCCAGAAAUCCACUUUGGUACAUCUAUUCAAUUUCACAAACUUCUUGUGGAUGAAGUUCUUCAACUAUUGGAGAAGACAAAGGCAAGUUUAGAUAUUGCCCAUUCAAUCGCUUUGCAAAUUAGUGAUUCGACAAAGUCAUCAAAGGUGUAUGUGUCUGAUUCGAACAUUGAAGAUGAUGUGCAUCAAUGUUCUCGCCUCAAUCGCCUUACAACUAGAACUAGUUUUUCAAAAGGUAAAAGUGCAACAUUAGUUGAAGAGAAGCUUGUUGUUGGUCAAGCAAUUUUGUAUCCCAAUGAUGAAGUUGUUAAUAAGAUGUUGAAGGUUUUUGUGCCAAAUCUAUUUACCGAAAAACUCUCGACCAACGUGGCAUAUUUGCUUUGA